GUAUUGUCUUCCAUUGAUAGCCAGUGUGCUAACAUGUGAGCGGGUAUGUAUCAGACAGUUAUCACACGUCACUAAAACAACCAGUGUGUGAUUCAGUGAGUAAAGUACAGAGAAGCGUGUAGAAUAUACUAACGUUGUUUACAUUAGUUAUUUACGUUUCCGGCUCUUGUUGACUGGUUGACGCUAAAGCUAAAGUGUAGCAUGUCCUCUGUCAGUCACUGUGAGCGCUACAAACCCCAGUAGACAACAACAGGACACAAAGCUGAGGGGACAACAUGUCUACGUGCAAUAGGCUGCUUCACUUUGUGAAGCACAGGAGUGUGUGGACCAGUGUCCGGAGACAUGUCACCACAUGGUCUCCUGUGGGAGCUGCGUUCAAUACCAAGCCUGUCCGGAGACUGGACACGUUGGACAAGAGCGUGGGUUUGUUUGGAGUCCCAGAGCUGAGCUGUCCUGCAGGUUUCCAGGUCGCCACAAAGACGUCUCUGAAAAACACGGAGCUCCUGGUAGAAAAAGUUUGUUCUUGUCCUCCAUGUGCAGAGACUGUGGAGUCUUUUGACCAGCUGUCGGAUGGGUUGUGUAAAGUGGCCGAUCUGGCCGACUUUGUAAAAGUGGCUCAUCCUGAUCCCGCUUUCCGUGAGGCUGCAGAGAAAACCUGUAUAGCGAUCGGCACAGUUGUGGAGAAACUGAACACUAAUGUUGAGUUAUGCAAGAGUCUGAAGAAUCUGCUGGACAACCCAGAUGUUGUGGCUCAGCUGGACCCUGACACAAGACGAGUAGCAGAGUUGUUCAUGUUUGACUUUGAAAUCAGUGGAAUUCAUCUGGAUGACAAACUGAGGAAAGAGGCGGUCGCUCUGCACGUGAAGCUGUUGGAUUUGAGCAAUGAGUUUUUGGUCGGCUCUCACAUGCCCAACAGAAUUGCGAGGUCUGUGAUUCCUGAACAUCUUCACCUGCACUUUGCAAGUGAAGGAAGCUUCAUCCAAGUUGGGGGGCUGCAUGCAGACACCCCUGAUGACUUGGUGCGGGAGAUUGCCUACAGGAUCUACCUCUAUCCUAAUGCUGACCUGAUGAGGUGUCUGGAAGAGCUGCUGGAGUGCAGAUACAAAAUGGCCAAACUGGUGGGCUACGAGUCGUACGGUCACAGAGCCCUGAAAGGAACGAUGGCCAAAACACCAGAGACGGUGAUGAGCUUUCUGCAGUUGUUAACAGACAAGCUGUCAGACAGAACAGCACAAGACUUCAAGAUGAUGAGCGACAUGAAGAAGAAACUCAACCCUCGUAAUUCUGAGCUGAUGCCCUGGGAUCAUCCGUACCUCAGCGGUGUGUUGCGUGCUGAAAGGUACAACAUAGAGCCCAGUCUGUACAGUCCCUACCUGUCUCUGGGUGCCUGUAUGGAUGGUUUGAACAACCUCUUCUCUCAGCUCUACGGUGUCUCCCUCAUGUCUGAGCAUCCCAGUGCCGGAGAGGUUUGGAGCGAGGACGUCCGCAAACUGGCUGUGGUACAUGAGACGGAGGGGCUACUGGGAUAUAUCUACUGUGACUUUUUCCACCGCUCAGAUAAACCUCAUCAGGACUGUCACUUCACCAUCCGUGGCGGCCGCUGGUGCGAGGAAACGGGUCAGUACCAGCUACCGGUCGUGGUGCUGAUGCUGAGUCUGCCCCACCCGUCCAAGAGCGCCCCCACCCUGCUCACCCCAGGCAUGAUGGAGAACCUCUUCCAUGAGAUGGGGCACGCCAUGCACUCCAUGCUGGGACGCACUCGCUACCAGCAUGUCACAGGAACCAGAUGUGCAACAGACUUUGCCGAAGUCCCGUCCAUCCUCAUGGAGUACUUUGCAACUGACUAUCGAGUCAUCAGCCAGUUUGCGCGCCAUUACCAAACUGGACAGCCUCUACCUGAGAGUAUGGUGGCUCGACUGUGUGAGUCAAAGAAGGUGUGCGGAGCUGCAGACACCCAGCUGCAGAUUUUCUACGCAGUCUUGGACCAGAUCUACCACAGCAAACCUCAGAACUGCUCCACCACGGAAAUCCUGAAAGAGAUGCAGCAGAAAUUCUACGGCUUGCCUUAUACUCCCAAUACGGCAUGGCAGCUGAGAUUCAGCCACCUGAUUGGCUAUGGGGCUAAGUAUUACUCCUACCUCAUGUCCCGGGCCGUGGCCUCAAUGGUGUGGCGACAGUGCUUCGUUCAGGAUCCUUUAAACAGGGACAUGGGAGAACGUUACCGUCGGGAGAUGCUGGCCCAUGGAGGAGCCAAGGAACCCAUGCUAAUGGUGGAAGGGAUGCUGCAGAGACGACCCACCAUCGACGACUUUGUGGACGCCCUGGUGUCGGAGCUCAACCCGAACUUUGAGACCUUCAUCAUGGACUCUGAGAGCUGAAAGACGUCGCUGGUCACGUGGAAACGGACUUGAACUUUUGCUGCUGGGCCGAGAGGUGAAAGCUACGGCAGCGUAGCUCACACUCAGCAGCUGCAUUUUAUAGGUUGCUGCUCUCUCUUAAAGUCACCUUGACUUUUUUUAAAAAUAUAUAAAACAGAUGAUUCGAGAAGAUUUAAAAACUUGCCAACAAACCUUUUAUAACUAAGUAUUGAUUAUUGCAGAUUCUGGUUAAUUCUGUCACAUUUACAGGCCUUUUCCCAAAACUGUCCCCAUCAAUGAUAUUUCAAUGUGUGUUAAAGGAACUUGUGCCAGGUCACGUUUGUACAUAACCUUUUUGACAUUUUCUCAGCACUGACCUUCGUUAAAAUGAACAAAUAAAUGUAUCUAAAUGUGCAUGGUUUUUCUUUUUAUCAUUUAAUUUCCCUUUAUUUUCAUUAAUUCAUUAAUAUCAGCAGCUAAUAUCCUCCUCAUUAAAGAUCCAUUCUCAGCUCACAUUCUGGCAGAACAUUGUUGUUUCCUGAUGAUAUCAGCAUGAGGGAGAAUAGCUAAUCUGCUCUUCCUGUCAUGUGCUCAUUGUUUGGGCUUUAAAUUAAUGCUGCUCCGUCUGUUUUGUCUGUCAGAAGUUUCUCAGGAGGGAGACUGUGGUGGAUAUAACUCAGUUAAAUUACCAUGGAGAGUUAAUAUUUAGUAUUUUUUAAUUAGAGAUGUUCCGAUACCAUUUUUCCUUCUUUCCUUUCCUGGAUUUAGCAUAUCUAAGAAUUCUGCUCGAUAAGAAUUAGUGUUUUUUUCCCUUGAUUCCUUGUAGAGCUGUUUGCAGCUCUAUUGGCCUCAUGCUGGCUCUGUCUCAACCUCUCGCCUGCCCAUAAGUUUUGACUGUCCACACAGACAACCAGACCAGCUGCAGCUACAUGACGGGGAAUCAUUUCUUUGCCCCUGAAAAAACAAUGUCUUGUCUGGGUGAAUUUAAUAUACUUUAAAGACUUUGUGUCGGAUCAGUACAUAGAUGUGCGUACUCACCGAUGCCCAACUCUGCAUUUUCGUGAGUUUUGGAGGCAUUUCCGAUGCCGGUAUCGGUAUGGAAACAUCUCUACUUUUUGUAUCACAAUGUGUUUAGGCUGCUCAGUCAUAACUUGUAAAUCAGAGCCUCUUGCAGCUUGGUUUACUAAACAAGUUCUUCACAUUUCUACAGAUGCUCCACAAUGUAGAGUGAGCACGGCAGAGCAGCUGUUUCCACGUGUUACAAAAACAUUCACACAGUAAUUAUGAGCUGAGCUGGGACUACAGCUGUUCCCUCUGACAAUGUCCUUGCUUGCCUGAACUCUGAUCUGAGACCCGACAUGGUUAAUGAAGGUGUGAACACAGCGUCACUCGACAAGCUGGAGGCUGCAGCACAGCACUUUGUCUGAUUGAAUAUGAACUUGGCUGUAUUGUGAUUUAAUUCCUUUAACUCUGAUCUAGUUCCAGGUGAAUGUGAUCAGCAGAGACUCUGUGGCUGCACUUUAGAUGAAUUAAAAAAUAUC